AUGGAUAGUUACACAUCCGCUGCUGUCGACGGCCAUCUUCUCACUCCCGUCACCAGAAAAACCCCACUCCGUUCAACAGCAGACCGUCAUGGCCCAAUCAGCAAACUCGGAGACGAUCUCCUCGUGGCGAUUCUGAGUCGCCUCCCGAACGCUAGAUCCGCCUUCCUGUGCAAAUCCGUCUGCAAGCGGUGGAGCUCCCUCAUCUCCAGCCCCCACUUCGGCCGCAGUUUCGUUUCUCACCGUCAACAGAGCAGGAUCGAUGGCGGCAGCGACGGAGACGGCGGCGAACUACCUCCUUUAACCUCACAGGACACUGAAUUCAUCUUGAGCUUUCUCCCCGUGCCUGAUGAGAUCCGAUCCAAUUUCGCACUUUUGGGUUGCUUCAAGGAAUUCGUUUUAUGCGGCUUCGUGGACUCUGCUGCUGCUGGGAAUGAUUGUGAUGGCGAGAUGGGUAGAUUGUUCUUCGUCUGCAAUCCGUUUACAAAGCAAUGGGUCGCCCUUCCUCUGGCGCCGAAAAGGUCGGUCGGGUAUCAUAACAAAUGUCUAGUCUGUGAAUCCGGUAACUCAAUGUCUGGUAACUUGGAUUCUGGAGAUGAUGAUGGCAGAGUAUUUGUCAAUCCCGCGGAUUACAGUCGAUUCCGCGUCGUCCUCGUAUCCAGAUCGCCUGACCGUGCAAUAGUAGACUUGUUUUGUUCGGAGUCAGGGGAAUGGCUGGAAGACGCCGCCAUGGUUCCUCCUAAUUCUUCUGGUUCUUCCAUACAGAUGAUGCCCUUGUGGAACGGCCGCGUGUGUUGGCCGUACGAUGACAUGCUUGCUGUUUGUGUGUGGAAUCCAUUCUGCCCACACACACCUCCGACUUCCAUCGACGAAUCGCCGGACAACGUGGGUUAUUUCUUGUGGUCCAGAUCCUUGCCGAAGCGCAGGAUUUGGGUCUCACUUGGUGCUUUACACAUGGUUCUCCACAGACCAGAUGUGGAGGCUUUGGUGAUUUGGAGAUGGGAGGAAGACGAGAGAAGAUGGAGGUCAAUUUAUUGGGAGUAUCUGACGAAAUUCAUAGUAAACCGUAACCUUGAACAAUUCAAGGAUUUGAAGGUUUUCUAG